AUGAGGACCGGAGAGCUUGGUCAUUUGAACUACCCGCUUCUUUUUGCUCAUCAAGCUUUCAUUUCAUUAAUGGCGACCUGCUCUGCAACUCCAAUUUCUUCCAGUUAUUUUACCCCAAUUUCUACCACAGACUUAAUUAUUCAUCGAAAGACCCAUAACCCGUGUCCUAUUGAAGCAAAUUCAAAGAAAAACUGUGAAAAUUUUCGACCUCUAGGCCUCAAACCUUCUUCAAUUGCUGCAAGUUCAAGAAACAUAAGGGAUCAGAUCAGUGGGAGCUCAGAAACCCUGAAUUCUUCCUCCAUUGCUCCGAAAUCAAGAGAAAUAUGGUAUACUUCGAUGCACGAACAAUGGAGUCGACGAAACCUGUUUAAAGGACUGGCAUUGCUUUGGAUAUUGGCUAAGAGGCCAGUGGAUUGUGAGGCCAGAGAGGUUCAGGUGGGAUCAUACUUGCCUCCAUUAGAUUCGGACUCUUCCUUUGUUGUUUUCAAGGCCACCACCAAGGAUACGCCAGCUCUUCGCGCUGGAAAUGUAGAACCGUACCAGUUUAUUCUACCGCCUUCAUGGAAACAAACUCGAAUUGCAAACAUACUAUCCGGCAACUAUUGCCAACCCAAGUGUGCUGAGCCAUGGGUGGAGGUAAAAUUCGAGGACGAGAAGCAAGGGAAAGUUCAGGUUGUGGCUGCACCUCUCAUUAGACUCACCAACAAGUUGAAUGCCUCUAUUGAAGAGAUUGGGAGCCCUGAAAAGGUUAUUGCUUCUCUUGGGCCCUUUGUCACUGGCAAUAGCUAUGACCCUGAUGAACUCAUCGAGAGCAAUAUGAAGAACAUCGAUGGCCAAACGUAUUACACUUAUAAAUUGGAGACACCGUAUGCAUUGACGGGAUCACACAAUCUCGCGAAAGCCACAGCAAAGGGGAACACAGUUGUAUUGUUUGUGGCGAGCGCCAACGACAAACAGUGGCCAACCUCGCAGAAAACGCUGGAGGCCAUGCUCGAUUCUUUCAGAAUAUAAUCUCAAAAACAAGAAAAGUGAAAAAGGAAAAUGCAAAGAAUUUAUAGAGUACUUAAUUUCAACA